AUGCUCGUCACAGAAGGCGCAAUCCAAAGCAACCACACUGUCCAAGUUGCCGCCUUAGCACGAAAACUAGGACUCAAAGCUCUGGUCCUGCUACACCGCGGUACGGGCGGUGGACUGCGCACUGCCUCUGACAAGGGGUCGUUUCUACGUACGGGGAAUGUGCAGAUCAAUCGGUUCUUAGGUGCCGAUGUACAGGUCUAUGAAGAAGGGGAUCCAGUGGCCGAUGACGCGAAUCCGGUUCUGGAGAAAUUGCGUGGAAAAGGCGAGGUUCCCUAUUGGAUUCCUGGUGGGGCGAGCCUGCAUCCGCUCGGCGGACUCGGGUAUGCGCGUGCAGCGGUGGAGAUUGCAGAGCAAGAACAGACGCUUCAGUUAGAGGGAUCGGGAAAAUUUGAUGUUAUAUUUGUGGCAUGUGGGAGUGGGAGUACGCAUGGAGGGUUGAUUGCAGGGUUUAAAAUGCUGGAUAAGAUGGGGGGAUCUACGGUAUCGAGGAAGCUUAUGGGAAUUUUGAACUCACCGACGAAGCCACGAGUUUAUCAUGAGGAGAGGGUUCUUACUUUUGCGCGGCGCGCUGGUGCAUUUAUUGGGUUGGAUGCAGAACAGAAUAUACGUAAGGAAGAUGUGUGGCUUGAAGACGGGUUCGUCGGAACGGGGUACGGGAUUCUGGAUGAGCAUACCGGCCUUGCUUUGGAGAGGAUGGCGCAGAUGGAGGGUGUUAUCUUGGAUCCGGUGUAUACUGCUAAGGUUGCUUCGGCAAUGAUGCAGUGGGUGCAGGAGAAGGGGGUCAGAGAUUAUGCGGAGGAACAUGGGUUGAAACAUGUGAAUGUGUUAUUUAUUCACACAGGUGGCCAGGCUGCACUAGGAGCAUAUGCAGAUAGACUUUGA